GUACGAUAGCUUGGCUUCGUUCCUUGCUUCCAGUAGUAGUCGCUAGAUGAAUACUAGCCAAUCCAUGGAGACCGUGGGAGCCAAGGAUUAUAAAGACCCUGCCCCGGCACCGCUCGUGAACGCCGGCGAGCUAGGCAAGUGGUCCCUCUACCGCGCCAUCAUCGCCGAGUUCGUCGCCACGCUGCUCUUCGUCUACGUCGCGCUGGCCACCGUCAUCGGCCACAAGCGCCAGGACGAGGCCCAGCCGUGCGGCGGCGUCGGCGUGCUGGGCAUCGCCUGGUCCUUCGGCGGCAUGAUCUUCGUGCUCGUCUACUGCACCGCCGGCGUCUCCGGCGGCCACGUCAACCCUGCGGUCACCUUCGGCCUGCUGCUAGCGCGCAAGGUGUCGCUUGUGCGCGCCGUGCUCUAUGUGGUCGCGCAGUGCCUGGGCGCCAUCUGCGGCGCCGGCCUCGUCAGGGCCUUCCACGGCAGCGCCAACUACAUGCGCUACGGCGGCGGCGCCAACGAGCUCUCCGCCGGCUACUCCAAGGGAGCUGGGCUGGCCGCCGAGAUCGUCGGCACCUUCAUGCUCGUCUACACCGUUUUCUCCGCCACCGACCCCAAGCGCAAGGUCAGAGAUACGCACGUCCCGGUCCUGGCGCCGCUGCCCAUCGGGUUCGCGGUGUUCAUGGUGCACCUGGCCACCAUCCCUGUCACUGGCACGGGCAUCAACCCGGCCAGGAGCCUGGGACCCGCCGUGUUGUACAACCAGCGGAAGGCGUGGGAGGAUCACUGGAUUUUCUGGGUCGGCCCACUCAUCGGCGCCGCAGCCGCCAUGGUCUACCACCAGCUGGUCCUCCGCGCUGGCGCAGCCAAGGCCUUCGCAUCCUGGCGCAACAGCAACCACACCUGAAUCUGAUCGAUCAAUUGGUCGACGACACAACGAUGGUACUUGGAUUGUUCCAAUUCUAGGCGCGCGUGUAUUCUGCCUCCGAUAUCUAGGUUAUGUGCAUCCGUGCCCAUUACGGCCAUUCCCAUUCCACCGUGCACU